ACGGUCGGGGUCGAGAUCGACCUCAAGGGGGGGCGCCUUCGGAACAAAGCCUCCCGUGUCUGGCGUUUCGACCUGGCCACCCGGGCUCUACUGGCACGGAGAAGGAUGCGCGGUGAGCACAUGGAGGUCUGGCUCGGCCACGCGGUCUCGGUGCUGAUGCUGGCCAGGCCCGGCUACGCGGCGCUCUCGGCCACCUACCGGUUUGCCGAGACCGCGCGGGGCGUGCGGACUGCCCUGCCGCGGGAGGUCAUGCAGGAGAUGCGCAUCGUGGUCGGGCUCGUCUGGCUGACAGAGGUCGACCUGGCCGCGCCCUAUGUGCCUCGCGUCUACGCCAGCGAUUCCGCCGACCACGGGCGCGGGCUCAUGCGCAUGAGGGCCUACGACAGCGAGCUGCGCUCCGCCUACCGCUGGAAGGAGAAGUGGAGCCUGAUCAGGCGACACCUCCGGGGGCCCCGCGCGGGCCUCGUCUCUCCGGCCGACGUUGCCGACAUGGGGGGCUACGGCCACGCGGACGCGUGCCGCGAGUGCGACGAG